AUGAGAGGAUUUAAGAUGAUUGGAAGACCACUGCUGGGUGUGGAUGGUUGUUUCCUGAAAGGUCCAUUUCCUGGACAGAUCUUGAGUGCUGUUGGUAUUGAUGGGAACAAUAGCAUAUAUCCAGUUUGUUACGCCCUUGGUGAGGCAGCAACAACACAAACCUGGAAAUGGUUUUUGCAACUGUUGAGAGAUGACCUAGGGUGUACGGCUGACUCUUGUUUCACCUUCAUCAGUGACAGACAAAAGGGUCUGAUUCCUGCUAUGCUAGCUGUUUUUCCUAAUGGUGAGCACAGAUUUUGUUUGAGGCGCAUCCAUGAGAACAUGAAAUCCAAGUCGCGUGGAGAUCUUUACAAGAAUUUGCUUUGGUCAGCCGGAAGGAAGACAUCUAUUCCAUACUUUAACAAAGCUAUGGAAGAAAUUAAGACAACAGAACGAGCUAUGUAUGACUGGCUGAAUGAGAUCCCAUACACCGCUUGGUCAAGAGCAUAUUUUUCUGGAAGAGCUAAAUGUGAUAUGUUGCUGAACAACAUAUGUGAAGUUUUUAACAGACAAAUCGUAGGAGUAAGGGACAAGCCGAUUAUCACAUGCCUAGAAUUCAUUCGGGAGUACAUGACCAAGAGGAUAGUGGAUGUGAAGAAAUUGCAAGAAAAGUGUAUGGGGCCACUGACACCUCAUGCCAUUGAGGUCUUCGAUGAGAUCAAGAAACAGGCUGCUGAAAUGUGUGUUUUAAUGGUUGAUUCAGACAAGAAGUGGGAUUUGACAGGGAUGCCUUGCAAACAUGCAGUUGCAGCCAUAUGGGAUAUGUCAAGGAAUAGCAUUGAUGCUGGCAUACCAGAAGAGUGGGUGGAUGAUGUGUAUUGGCUGUCAACAUGGAAGAAAGUCUAUGACAAUGUGAUAGAGCCAAUCAACGGGCUGGAGAUGUGGACUCCUUCAGAGUGUCCAACAACACUUAUCCCACCAAAGCAUCAUACACAAGUUGGAAUGCCAAAGAAGAAAAGAAAGAAGGCAUUUGGUGAAAAAGAGCUUGAGAAGGAGUUCGACAAAGGAUGUAAAAUGACCAGAAAGGGAACUACCAUCAAGUGUGGUAAAUGUGGUAACACGGGUCACAAUGUCAGGAGCUGCAAAGGACAAGGGGGUGAACAAUCCACUGCUUCACAGGAAUCACACACUGCCACUCAAGGUGCACCAGUUUACAAUCUUGAUGAGUGA